CCUCCAUCGAUGCUGGUAUAAAUCACACCCGUCCAUACCUCGCGACUGCACAUCCGUCUUACCAUAUACACCUCGGAAGACAUGAGUUUCUGCAAAGACUGUAUCUCCGGCGUGAUCCACGAGGGCGAGCCACAAGGCAAGUUUGAGAAGAUCGAUGGUGUUGAUGCCUAUGUCGCCACCCCGGAGAUCGACUACCCUAAGGACAAGGUCAUCCUCUUCCUUCCCGACAUCUACGGUCUUGCUCAAAACAGCAAGCUCGUGGCCGACGCCUUCGCGAAGAAUGGCUUUAAGACAGUCAUUCCAGACUACCUCAACGGCGACCCCGUGCCAGAGGAUGUGCUUCGGGGGAAAGUGCCAAAUUUCUCAAUUCAGGAGUGGUUCAAGAACCAUGGAACGGAGCAGACCCGUGCACCGCUCGACAAGGUCAUCAAUGGGUUGAAGGCACAGGGCGUCACUACGUUCGGUGUUACCGGUUACUGCCUUGGAGCUCGGUACGCAUUUGACCUCGCGUUUGAGGACUUCCCCAAGGCGGUCGUCGUUAGCCAUCCCUCGUUGAUCGAAUACGCGGACCUUGAGAAAUACUUCGCCCAAUCUAAAGCGCCGCUGCUCAUCAACUCGUGUGAAGUUGACCAGAUGUUCCCUCCUGACAAGCAGGCUAAAGCAGACGAAAUUUUCGGAGACGGCAAAUUUGUGCCAGGCUACACACGGGUGCACUGGGAGGGUUGCACACAUGGAUUCUCCAUUCGCGGCGACAUCAGUGACCCAAAGGUUAAGGCCGGCAAGGAGGGUGCAUUCAAGGCUGCUGUCGACUUUUUCAUCAAGAACUUGUAGAUGAGUUCAGAUACGUAACCCGUAUUGGAUGAACUAUUGUUUCGGCAGCCCGAAUGUAUGUGAAGCAUUGUCGGAUCAUAUGUGUUGUUAUAUCAGACUCUUUC